GUAGGCAAGUGUAGUUGGGGGUCAAAUAGUGACCCUUUUGUUGUAGUUGUGGUUAGCCUUAGUUGGAUUUGAUUUGGACUAUAUCCUCCUCACGAGAAAAAUCCUCUCAUCUUCCCGCUUCUCUCUCCUUCUUUGAAAUCUCUCAUCCUUCUUCUUCUUCUUCUUCUUCAACCCUAAGUAGAGAGAGAGAGACAGUGCAGAGAGUAUUGAUUGUUUAGAAAAUGGAUACACCUCAAAAGACAGUAACCCAGAUCGAGACUCCGGUUUCUAAACUCAAAGUCGAGAACUCUCCAGUGUUCAAUUACAUAAACAGUUUGUCUCCAAUCACAACAGUCAAAUCAAUCUCCAAUGCUCAGACGUUUAGCUCUCUGAGUUUCACAUCUCCUCCUCCUGUGUUCACUACCCCUCAUGUGGCUUCUCACAAAGGAUCUCGUUUCAGAAGUCAUAGUAACUCCUCUGAUCCUUCCAACAAAGUUGUAGAAGAAGCUUUACUUGAAAAGGAACCGCCACAAAUCCUCAAUAAUGAAUGCCUUACUACUACUCCUAGAGUUACCAAUGAUGGUGCUUGUGAAUAUGGUGAAACGGAUCUGCAGAAGAUGUGCGACGACAACGUCAAGCGGAAGAGUGAUACUCCAGAUUGGGAAACUCUCAUCUCCGAUUCUUCCGACAUGUUGAUUUACGGCUCACCUAAUGAUUCAGAGGCUUUCAGAUGCUUCUUGCAAAGAUCAUCAGACUCCAAAACUCGUUUAUGUGACGGCGGUUCAAAGCCUGCCUUAGUAGCGCCUGUUUCCCAAAGCAAUGAACCUGAGUCCUCUGAUGCUCUUUCGAUCUUGCAUCGUGGAGUGAGAAGACGCUGUCUGGACUUUGAGAUGCCGCGGAACAAUAAUCAAACACCGAGAUGUGUAGUGCCUAGCAUUGGUCUCCAUCUUAACGCCAUUGCAAUGUCUUCUAAGGACAACAACAAUGUUAGUAAAGAGUACUCAUUUACCGGAAACGUUAAAGUCGGGUUACAAAGCUCUACGACUCCUGUUCUUCCCUCCGAUGACAUUGGCAGAGACAAUGAGAUAAGAGAAGCUGCAGGUGUAGAAGAGGCUCCACUGUCUUUAGCUUUGGUAGAAGUGAACCAAAGCAGCCCCAAGAAGAAAAGAAUGUGCAGGCGCAAGUCUGAGCAAGCAGGAGAAGGAGAGUCAUCAUGUAAACGGUGCAACUGCAAAAAAUCAAAGUGUUUGAAGCUUUACUGUGAAUGCUUUGCUGCUGGAGUUUAUUGCAUAGAGCCAUGUUCAUGCAUAGAUUGCUUCAACAAACCUAUCCAUGAAGACACUGUUUUGGCUACUCGCAAACAGAUUGAAUCUAGAAAUCCCCUUGCAUUUGCUCCUAAAGUCAUCAGAAACUCUGAUUCUACAAUUGAAGUUGGAGAAGAUGCAAGUAAAACUCCGGCCUCGGCGCGACACAAAAGAGGUUGUAACUGCAAGAAAUCAAACUGUCUGAAGAAGUAUUGUGAAUGUUAUCAGAGUGGAGUUGGCUGUUCCAUUAAUUGUAGAUGUGAAGGAUGUAAGAAUGCAUUUGGCAGAAAAGAUGGGUCUUCAUUUGCUGGUAUGGAUACAGAACAAGAUCAAGAAAAUGAAACAUCUGGCAAAAGCGGAACAACAAUACCACUUCCACCUUCAACACCAAUGCCAUUAAGACAACCAUUGGCUCAACUUCCAAUCUCAUCCAACAACAUGCUGCCUUCUCAACAGUCUCAGCAACAUCUUCAUGGAGCUUCCUUGUACAAUAGCCAAUCUUUCAGAAAACAGGACAUGGGUUUGAUGUCUCAUUCAAGGAUUGAGACAAUUGCAGAGGAAAGAGCAGAGGAUAUUGAGAAUUUUAUCCACUCUCCAGUAACCAACAUCAAUGCCUUAUCUCCAAACAGCAAAAGGGUUUCUCUGCCACAUAUGGAUUCAACAGAGACGACUCAUUGGAGAAGAAACGGUGGAAGGAAGCUCUUACUGUCUUCAAUUCCAACUUUUCCUUCCCUCACUCCACACCACUAAAUUUUUUUAAUUGAAUAUUUGAAUUGUUUUGAUGUCAACUUCUAGUUGGUAUACACCACAACUGUUUUUGUUUGCGUUUGUGUUUCACCUUGGUUGUGUGUAAUAAGAAUGUUAGUCAACAUAUGCAACCUUUCUAGCGUAAU